CCCCAUUUUGAAAUCUCGAACCAGACGCAUAGAACGCGCGAGUUACUUUCGCGUAACAUGAUUUUCGAAUUUGAACAGUUAUGAAUAUACUUAAUUACGGAGAAAUGAUAAUUUGUGAAAGCUUUUAUUUUACGUCGUUAAAAUAUAACAGCUUAACUUCAAUUAUUGUUAGAAGAAUUACAUUUUUAAGUCAUGUUACGAAUCGACCUUAAGAUAACCUCUUCAUUAAUUUAUACAAAUAUCGGCAUUUCAAAAUGUAAUUAUAAAUAAUUCAUUUAUUUUGUAUACUUUGAAUAUAGUGAUGCAUACGUUUAGUGUAGUUUAUAAAAUUUUAUAUUAGACAGACAAGAUGUUACUAUUAAUUUAAACGUCAAGAAUUUUAUAACGGUAUGAUUUAAUUAAAUAUCAUCACCAUGAAUGAGGAAAGAAGUGUUGAAGAUUCUUCAUAUUUAAGUUAUGAAAUAAAUGGCACUAGAUAUAUUUUACAAACUGUAUCAGAUCCAGCUAUAGAUAUAUCAAAAGCUGUAUCAACCACUCAAGAACAAAAUACAAUUAAUCUUAUAAAUGAACCACAAGUAGAAAAAGAUGAUGAAUCAAUUUCUUUAAUUUGCUUAGAUGGUCAGGUUUAUGCGUUUCAAAAUGGAGAAUUACAAGAAUUAGAUUUUAGUCAAGUAAUAGAUGAAAAUGAAUCGCAAGAAAAAACAGUGUUGCUACCUAAAGAAGAUGAUAAUUGUGAACCACAGUACAUUACCAACGAAGGAUUAGUAAUUGGAAAUAUUGAUGAACAUUCUCAAGAACAAUAUGAAAUUAUUACUGGUCAAAAUGAAAAAAAUUUUAUAAUUGAGAAACAUAAUGUAAAUGCUAAUGAUUUUGUGGAAGUUGUCACAGCAUUUAAAUGUAAGAUAUGUACUUAUACCACUCAAGACAAAACACAAUUAUUACAGCAUUUUCAGAAAACGCAUGUAAAUCCUAAAGUGGAUAUAGAGAUAAAAGAAGAAUCUAAGAUUACAGAUGAAGUAAAAUUGUUAUAUAUGUGUGGAGAAUGUUCUAAUUGCUUUCCUUCUAUUGAAGAUUGUAAAGAACACAUGAUAAAUGAUCAUCAAUUAACAGACACAGGAGCCAAUAGAGGUGGUAAAGAAAAUAUAACAGAUGAUUCAAAAGAUUCUGGGUUAUUAGAGUGUAUAGGACAGAGUGUUGAAAGUAAUGAUAUAAAACGUCAAGUUAAAAUUCAAAAACCUCUAAAUUCUGAAUAUAUGCUCAAUAAAAAAAUGAUCGAAUUAAUGGAAAGAAACAUAAAGUGUUCAUAUAGAGGAUGUCCAUACAAAUUUUGUACAGAGGAAACAAUGCAGCAACAUGCACUUUGUCAUACGGAAUCACAAAAUGGAACAGCAUUUAAAUGUAGCGUUUGCCGUGAUAUGAAAUUUACCAAAUGGAGACAGUGUAGCUUACAUUUAUGGAAAAAGCAUCAAAUUGACAUAGGAUUAUUUACUUGUAAAAUAUGUAAAGCAUAUAAAAGUGCAACAAUGGUCAAACUUUUAACUCAUAUGCGUGUGCAUAGUGAGACACGCGAGUAUGAAUGUUCAGAAUGUGGUAAAUGUUUUAAACAAGCCAGUCAAUUGCGUAAUCAUAGAGUUAUGCAUUUGGAUCGCAAAACAUUGGAAGUAACGCGGUGGUAUACUUCAAAAAAAUGUGAUAUGUGUGGAAAAACUUAUGCUAAUUCCAAAUGCUUGAAGAGUCAUAUUCAAGCAGUCCACUCAAAAUUGCGACCAUAUGUUUGUAAUGUUUGUGGACAUUCUAGCGCUAGAAAAGCAAUGUUGCAAAUGCAUUUACGACAACACACUGGUGACAAACCCUUUAGUUGUGAACUUUGCGAAUAUAAAACAGGUGAUCACAAUACGUUACGACGUCAUAUUAUGCAACACACAGGUUUUAGACCUUAUAAAUGCCCUCAUUGUUCUUAUACAGCAAUACAAAGUAGUAGUUAUAAAAAUCAUUUGAAAUCUAGACAUCCUUUACUUUCUGGUUUAUUUACAUGUGACCUAUGUCCUUUCAAAACUGUUAAAAAUCAAAGUUAUAUACAACAUGUAAGAGACCAUGAAAAGGGAUUAAUCAAAGCGAAUAUGCAAAAAAAAGAUAGUGAAAAUGUCGAAGUUUUUCCUGGUAAUAUUGCGGCUGCACAAUUGAUUUAUAGUUGCUUAGGUGCCUUUUCAAAAGUGGGCGAUACUUUAGAAGCAAAUUUAAUGUCUUCCUCAACGUCUGCAGACGGUACAUCACAAACGAUUACAAUACAGAUACCAUCAAAACAUCUUGAAGGUUCACUGCCAACAAGAGAAUGUAGAACUAAAAGUAACUCAGCAAUUGAACAAGAAGAUGAAGAAACAAUGCAUUGUUUUUUAAAAAUUCCAAGGGAAGAGGAAGAAAGUAUAGACACAGGUGGUAUAACUAUACCUGCAGAACCUGAGGAAUCAGGCGCAACAACUAUUAAUGUUGAUACAUGAAAUACGGAAUAUUAAGUUGCUAAUUAAAAUAUUCCUGUAUAUUUGAAAACACCUAGAAAUUUAUACUUCAAAGUAAAUGAAGAAAUGCUAGUCACACGUUACUUAGAAGGUAUGAAUCAAUUUGUUUUCUUUUGACAAGAAAUUAGAAUUAAUAUAUUAAUUUUUUUAAAUUCUAAAUCUGAUACUAUUUUUGGAAUUGUACACUAUAUCAGCAAACACAAACAAUAACAAUUUAAGUGUUUUCGUUUGAAAAAAAUUUUAAUUUUGUACAUUAUUUUAAAGAAAUGAGAACAUAUGCACAUUCAAUCAGUUAAUUGCAUUCACGGUUUCUAUGUUCAUAUUUGUUCAAAAAAUUGUUAUUUUGUCUUGAAACAAGAUUUUAUAGUUAAAAGAAUGUAAUUUUGAGAUAUUUUAUUUUAAAUUUUACUAAGAAUGUAAUUUACUAUAUAUUUAAACACAUUUUUAAGAUUUUGAAUGUAUUUAUUGAUAAUUAAUAAGAAAUUAGUAGAAGUGUACAUAAAAAUUGUAAAAUAAUCUGGGAACCGUUGUAAAAUGUAAAUUACAAUGUCUCGUAUGGUUUACAAUACGAGUAAAAUAAUAUUUUACAUGAUGGACUAAAGAGAAAUGCUCUGAUAUUUUUGACUUAAUUAUUCAUCAGGUAAAAAUAAUACUUAUUGCUAUGGAAGAUUCAAUUUAAAAUCUUUUUAAAAGAUUUCGUAUAUUAAUUAUUGGAUUUCACAAAUAUGUCCCCACAAAUUGGAAUUACGGUAUCAAUUUGCUUAAGUGCGAGAUUUGUGAAAAUGGUAACUGGUGGACAUAUGUAAACAUAUUAUUUUUAAAAAAUCCAAUAGGAAAGUUUUAAAAUAUAUUUAACUAUAUAUAUAAAAUAAAAAAUAUAUAAAUUAUAGCAUAUAAUACAGUUGCCUUUUUAUAUGUAUUUUGUAAAAAAAAACGUGAAGUGAAAUAAAAAAUACUGUUUUUAAGGACAUCCUAAGCAAAUUGAUACAGGUUAUUAUUUACAGCUAAUUAUUCAUAAAACGUGAGAAGCUCCUUUUUUUAAGCAACUGAUGUGGAUCUUCCCGGAAAUUACACCUCGUAUCACAACUAACAGUCUCUGGGCAGUUCGCCAUAAUAAGCUGUUAAAGCUAUUAGCUUUCUGUCAAGAAAGUUUUGUUCCACUUCUACACCACCACCUACUGCGGCUAACAUGGCAAGCUGUAAAUUUGUAUAUAUAUAAAUAAAAGCAAUUGAUGUAUAGUGCAUUAUAAAGUAAAGUAACAUAGAAUAUCGAAA